AAAAUUCGUUAGAUUUAUUAUGAAUGAUAAAAAUGAAAAUUUAUCGGCUGAAACAACUAAUAUAACCAUUUACUGGGACCGGGAGUCGUGUCCGCCACCCAUAACAGGCCGUCUCACCAAUAGUGUCAAUGUUUUACAAAAGUUAUUGAAAACAGUUUGUGUAACUGAGCGCCAACUUCGACUCAAACAUUUGGUCAGCUGGUCAUCACCGAACAUAACAGAUAUCUAUUACGAUAGCGAUAAUUGGGAUCAUUGGCUGGUAAUCGACAACUGCGACAAAUACGACUUCUUUUACCAGUAUAUCAACAAAUCGUUAAGCGAUGGGAAAACUGAAUUAGUUGUCAUCACUGGUGACCAACUAUUACUCAAACAUAUUAAAACACUUAAGUUAGACAUUUCGGGUCAGUUGUCUAUAAUUUAUGCCAAUUUAGUAGACUUCGAACAGUUAGGUUUCCCAUAUGGUAUAAAACGGCUACCAUUUGAUCAUUUAAUAAACUAUUGCAAUGAUUAUGAAAAGUUUUGUUUGUCGGCUAUUACUGGUCUCACUGAUUCAAUAGCUGAUCCAAGCUUUAAUGAAUGUUACUCAGCCAGUUCAUUACAACCAGAAAUUACUAUGACCAAGACUGAUCCAAUUGAAACAAAUAGAUAUAUAUUAAUCAAUUGGUGGAAUCAUAUAAGAAAAUUAGUGUCAUUUUUGAUUCGUUGGUUUUAUCGCAAUCAAAAUAGUUUAUGUGACAGUACUGAACAAGAAUCCCGUGAACCUGAAUCCCGAUCUCAAUCCCAGACUACUGAACAAGAUAUGGAAAAUAGACGAAAGAGAGUGACUAAAAAAUCAACCAAUAAACAGAAUAAAACUGAUGGACAGUUGUCGGUCGAUUCGACACCGAAUUGCUGUCCAUCACCAACAACAACAUCUGUGGCGUCGGCGGUCGCGUCCAGUAAUACUAAAGAGUUUUCCGAUGACUCGAGUGGUGAAGACGAGAGACAAUAUGAGAAAUUUAUUAACGAUAAGAAAACAAUUCAAACUUUGGAACCUAGUGUCCAGUCUAUUGGUUCAAUCAGUCCGACUUCAGGAUCUAAUGGUACCGGAUCUAGUGGUCUCGGAUCUAAUGGUCCCGGAUUUAGUGGUCCCGGAUCUAGUAGUCCCGGAUCUAGUGGUCUCGGAUCUAGUGGUCUCGGAUCUAGUGGUCUCGGAUCUAGUGGUCUCGGAUCUAGUGGUCCCGGAUCUAAUGGUCUCGAAUUUAGUGGUCCCGGAUCUAGUAGUCCCGGAUCUAGUGGUCUCGAAUUUAGUGGUCACGGAUCUUGUGGUCCCGCAUCUAUUGGUCCCGAAUCUAGUGGUCCCGGAGCUUCAUAUUCAAGCGUUUCGCUUACAGAUUCACCUAAAAAUAUAAAGACUUCAAACAAAACUGUUUCAUACACUCAUAUGUUUAAAAAUACUUUUGGUUUUACAUCAAACAAAUCGGAUAAAAAUAAGUCAUCAAAUGUUGAUAAUCACACAAAUCAAACAAUUAGUAAUAAACAAAAAGAACUGAAAAACAAGAAGAAGAAACAAACGGAUGAAUAUUCCGUUAGUAUCGAUAAAAUGAGUGACAAUACUAGUGGUUAUAAUCAGUAUUAUAAAUAUAAGAAACCCUAUGAGUCCGGUGUCUGUGGUUUGCGAAACUUAGGCAACACUUGUUAUAUGAACAGUGCUCUACAGUGUCUGUCAAACAUACCAUCGAUUGUCGAGUUUUGUAGAAAUUUCAAGUACUUCCAAACAAAGUCUUCAUCGAACUCACUGUUGGAACUGUUCUGUAGACUAAUUGAUGGCAUGUGGUCUCAACAAAGCGAUUGUUUAUCGCCCAACAAUUUUCGAGGCAAAGUGGCCAAAGUUUUACCGACAUUUGCCGGCUGUGGACAACAAGACUGUUCAGAAUUUUUAAGAUCAUUGUUGAAUACAUUGCACGAAGAAGUGCUGUUAAUGUCAGGAAUUGAUAACAACACUGUCUGUACUGAUUAUAAAACAUUUGGUGAAUAUCUUCAUAAUAAUCAAACAUUUAUAUCCGAAAAUUUUCAUGGAUUUCAAGUAAUGCAGUUUAGCUGCAGUCGAUGUGGUCACAGAUUAGAUGAAAAUUAUUGUCCAUUUAUUGUCAUGAAUUUACCACAAAUAAAAAGACAAGACUUAGCAUUGCUUAAGGUGUGUCUUGUUAUCAACAGUAUUGGUAGUUAUAGUUUAAGUUGUGAAACAUAUUUCUUACAAUUAACACAAAAUGAAGUACUGGUCAGUCAGGUCAUCAAAACACUAUCGCAAAGAUAUUCAGACACAACAUCACAUGUCUUGGAUGACAAAGAUCUCAUUGUCGCUGUUAUUAUCAAUCAUAAAAUAGACAAAAUCUAUAAAAUGAAUGAUAUUAUAAAUAUCAAUCAUCUUAGAGGUGAUCUAUUUGUUUAUCAAUUUGAUCCAUUACUUGUCAAUCACCUGUUUGUUUCACUUCAAAACGAUAGCCGACUAAUUGGUAUACCAUUGCUAUUAGAUAUCAAUGAAUACAAUACUGACAAUAUUAUCGACACAUUUAUCGCACAGUUGGCUAAAUGUCUUGAACCGGACGGCAAGCAAUUGUUGGCAAAUAGUUUAAUAACUAAUAAUGAUUUUGAAACCAUUAAUUUUGAUCCAAAUCUAUCAGUUGGCAAUCAGUUAAUAUUUACUAAACUGGAUGAACACUUAAAGAAAUACUAUACCAUUAAGCAAUUUUAUCACGGAUUAGAUGAUAAAAAUGGUGAACGAGUUGUCAAACUUGACGACUGUAUCAAUCGAUAUCUGUCUGUUCAACUCAUGGAUGACCAACAAAACUGCCCGAAAUGUUACAAUCGUAUAAAACCUACGGUAGAGAUUCAUAUACUACAUGCGCCUAAUAUACUACUAUUACAAGUUCAGGACUGUUUUGGUCAACAAAAUCAUUAUUUUAAUCAAUCGGACUGUCAGUUUCCAAUAACAUUGAAUUUAACUGGUCAUAUAAAGGAUACAAAAGCUAACGGUGCUCAACAUGUCUACGAUUUAGUGGCCAUUUCAAACUAUUCAGGAAGUUAUAGUUAUGGACACUAUACGGCUUAUGCUAGAAAUCAUAUCAACAAACAGUGGUAUGAAUUCAAUGAUAGUUCAGUUAAUCAAAUCUAUAAUGAAAGACAACUUCCAUCAAAAGCUUAUAUUUUGUUAUCAUAA